UCCAUUAGGUGGUAACACUGUUGGCUUGCUGCGAAAAAAUUCGGGAAAAUUUGUGUGGAAAAAAAGUUUGACACAAUUAUUUCAAAAGCGGGAAAGCAGCGCAGGGAAGUUAAGCUAAGCAGCGAAUCAUCUAACGCCGGAUAAGCAGCAUUCGCGCACGGGGAUCCGACAUGGACUUCCGGCAAAUGAAGAACGACGCUUACGGAAUUGGCCAGCGUCGUGGAAUGGGGAACGCUGGCGGCGGCGGUGGCGGCUUGGGUGACUUUUCCUCAAAUUACGGCGGCGGUGGUGGCUACAAUGGCGGCAACUACGGUGGCGGCGGCGGCGGCGGAAACCAGGGAGGCUACGGCGGUAACAGAAAUCAGAGUCCCGACUCUGGUAACUACAACCGUGGUGGCGGUAACUUCGAUGGCGGCCCUCGCAGCAACAACAACUAUUCACGUUCCAUUGAUGAUCGCGGCUUUAAUGCCAACAUUAACAAUCAGCGUUUUGGUAACGCCAACGAUAACUACCAGGACAAUUUCCGUGGCCAAUCAGACAACUUUGGUCCCUCAAACCGUGGCGGAGGAGGCGGUGUCUCUGGCUCUGGCAGUCUGCAGGCCAAUUUGGGUAACCUGCAACGCGCGCUGGAGCUGGAGGAAAUGAGAAACCGCAAUCCCGGUGGUAACUUCAAUUCGGACUUGUCCAACAAUUACCGUGGUCAGCAAUCGCAGGGAAACAGCGACAGAUUCUAUAAUGACUCUCCCCGCAAUUUCGGCGGCAAUUCUGGCUCCAGUUAUGGUCCCAACGAUGGGCCCUCGUUUGGUGAUAAUUUCCGCGGCCCGCAGCAGGCUCAGAACUUUAAUGACCAACAGCGUUCUGGAUUCAAUGAUUCGUAUGGACGUGGCGGCAAUUUUGGAGGGCCGAAUUCAGGCAACUACGGGAGCUCGGACUCUGGCAACUUCGGAGGCCCAAAUCCAGGAAUCUUUGGCGGUCAGAACUUUAAUGAUAACUUCAACAACCGAGGUUUCAACAACUCGGGCGGCGGAGGAGGCUUCAAUAACUCGGGCGGCGGAGGAGGCGGACAAGGUGGCUUCAACGGCUCAGGCGGUUCCGGCUUUAGCAACAACAUUAGUCGCUCCUUCAAUGAGGCCAACUCGCGCAACUGGAGCAACUCGUCCAAUCAGUCCUCCUCGUUCCAGAGCUCUGGCUAUCAAUCGAACAACAGUGGCGGAGGACAAGCCCUCUCCAACUGGGAGGCCAGUCAGCGCGCCUUCAACUCAAAGCGAAAUCAGCUACAGAAGAUCAACGUGAACAAUGGCGGGGCCGUCCGAAAACCAGGACCUCAGCCAGCUGCCAAGGCAGUGUAUAAUAUGCGCAAUAACCCGAAUGCAGCCGCCGCCGUGACCAAUGCUGCGGGUCGGAACCCACAACCGAACAAAGCCGGCAAUGUGCGUCCAGGCACUGCUGCUGGCGUUCAGAAUAAGGCACCCAAUCAGUAUAAGCUCGUCAAUGCAGCCACUAAAACCAAUAGUGCUGGGGCUGCUGCCCAGAAGAAGCCUCCAGUCGCUGGACAAGCUAUCAAGGCUGCCCCUGGACCAGUAAAAAGUGGACCACAAGCAGUCAAGAAGGGACCGCCAGCAGCUGGAGCUGGACCGCAAGGUGAAAAACCUGGUCCCCCGGGAGUCAGGACUCAGGGAGUACGAGCUGGUCCCCCGGGAGUUCGUGCUGGCCCUCAAGGAGUACGAACUGGUCCACAGGGAGUACGACCUGGUCCACAGGGAGUACGAUCUGGACCACAGGGAGUACGACCUGGGCCUCAGGGAGUUCCUCGUGGUCCCAAGGCAGGCAAUUCCGCCCCUGCCUAUAACAAGCCACCUGGAAUGGCACCACAAAUCGGACAAAAGCGCGUUGCUGCUGCACCACCACUGGAAACGGAGGCAGCUUCCAAGUCGGUGAAGAAGUGGCGCCGUGUGGCCCGCAAGCGCGGCUUCCUAAUGGGCGGAUUCAAAUUGCCGUACCUCAACGAGCAGCCGAAGAAGCUUCCGCAGCCAGAGUCGGAAUCGUAUGCCCUGACCUUCUUCGAGCAGCUCUUCAAUUACAGUACAAACCAGGAGGCCGUGGACGAGGACUUUUCCGAAGAUGCCGUGCUGCUUAACGACUCCGACGAUGAGUCCUCCGAGGAGGUCAAGGUGGCCCGCAAGGGCGGCAAGAAGAACAGGAAGCGUAUACGCAGCGAGUGGGCACCGCUGUACGAAUCGAAGAGAUACAAGGAGUGGGAUAAGUGGUGGAAGGACUACAAGCAGUACGGCGAUAAGAUCGAAAAGAAGCUGGUGGAGACCGGCAAUUACAAUCUGGAGCACUGUUUCCUGCCCAAUCUACCCAAGAUGACCACUGAGGAGGUGGUGUUCGCCAUCAUCAAGUCGGCUCACUAUGUGCUCGAGAAGAAUGCCGAUGUGCCGUAUGACACCAUGAAGACGAUCUUUACCCUGAUGAACCGCACCUUCCUGGAGAACCUCACCGAGCUGAAUAUACUGGAGCUCCAGGACCUGAUUCGCAACAUACCCAACGAUCUCUGGGUAUACAAGUUGAAGAGCAUGAUCUUCCUGUGGGCCAAGUACGAGACUAUCCACAAUUCCAAGUCCACCGAGGAGGAGAUCGUCAGGGAUCAGCAAUCUACUGCCCGCGAGUGGAAGACCCCCGUUUUCCACUGGCUGGCCAAGCAGGCCUUCGACGAGUUGGUAGCUAUUAGUGAAACCGAAUGGAAGGAGCACCGCACUGUUUUCCCGGCCCCCGAGUAACCGGGCUCGGAAAACCUGAAUAGCACACUGCUACUCCUCGUCUCAGCAUUCAACCACACACACACUCGGUUCCCCAACAUCGAACACACUGCGUAGGUUCUCUCCAGGAUUAUAAUAUGAUUCAUAAGAUUACUUAUCUAGAUUUUACAACGGAACCCCAAUAUAUACACUAACUGAAGCAAGCAUAUGACUAUUUAGCGUAGUCUGUAAUUAGAACACAUUGUUUAAACGAAAUAAAGGAGCCGACCUAAGAGGGCUUUGUCUUUCGUUUCCUGUGGGCGAUACGAAAACGAAUACAUUGAUCAGAAAAUUAGAAAGAAACUACUUCCUCGGAGAAAAUCAAUUCCCGCGUUCAUUGGUAAAUUAAAAACUAGCUUAUCUUUUGAUAAUUUUUAAUUUUUGAUUUAUGUAUAAAUGAUCACCGAUGAACGCGGCCAUAAGUAUUUAAAUACUCUGAACCGCGAGUGUGUUUUCCACUUGGUAAGAUUGUAAUUACCCGGAUUUCACAAACAUUUUUGUAUGACGCUAGAAGAAUACUAUUUAUAAUGUAGAAUGUAAUUGGAUUUGAAAAAUAAAUAAUCGGCCUACAAUAAA